GGAGGUGCUCCGGCUGGCUGGGAAAUGUCAGCCGCUUGACUGGGGACGGGUUUUCCUUACCCCAGAGCCUGCAGGCCUUUUAGUGAUCGUCACCGCCGUCGCCUCGGACCGUAGGUCCCAGAUUUGGACGGCUGUGGCGGACGCGGAGUUUCCCGGUCCUUCCAGAUGCUGUCUGGCAAGAUCGGACGGUGAGCCUGAUGGGGAGAGCCUGAGGCACUUUGGGGUCUGGGGUCUGAGGCCGAGCGUAGGCGGAGAUCGAGAGGACCUCGGAGACCCCGAGCAGCCGGCACCGCGGGCCUACGUUCCCGGCCACUGAUAGGCGGUAGCCAGGUCCGCCGGCCAGUUUACAGAUAUGACCCAGACCUGUACAUGAGUGACUUUGGUUAGUCAGAGUGAACAUUCAAUAAUGAGCGGUGCAGCUUUGGGACUCGAGAUUGUUUUUGUCUUUUUUCUGGCAUUGUUCCUACUUCAUCGAUAUGGAGAUUUCAAGAAACAGCAUAGACUUGUAAUUGUCGGAACACUGCUAGCUUGGUAUCUCUGCUUUCUUAUCGUCUUCAUACUGCCUCUGGAUGUUAGUACGACUAUAUACAACCGGUGUAAGCAUGCUGCUGCAAACUCAAGCCCUCCUGAGAACAGCAACAUCACAGGAUUAUAUGCACCUGCUACCCCGGUCCCCAGCCAGCAUCCAUGUUUCAUGCCAUGGAGCUACAUUCCUGAUGGAAUCAUGCCAAUUUUCUGGAGGGUAGUAUAUUGGACAUCACAAUUUUUAACAUGGAUUCUGUUACCUUUUAUGCAGUCAUAUGCAAGAUCAGGAGGGUUUUCCAUCACUGGAAAGAUCAAAACUGCACUGAUUGAGAAUGCAAUCUACUAUGGCACCUAUUUGCUGAUUUUUGGAGCAUUUUUAAUUUAUGUAGCUGUGAACCCACAUUUGCACUUAGAAUGGAACCAGCUUCAGACAAUUGGGAUAGCUGCCGCAAAUACAUGGGGCCUGUUUCUUCUCGUGUUGUUACUGGGGUACGGUUUGGUAGAAAUUCCUCGGUCAUACUGGAACGGAGCAAAAAGAGGUUAUCUACUUAUGAAAACGUAUUUUAAGGCAGCCAAACUGAUGACAGAGAAAGCAGAUGCAGAAGAGACUUUAGAAGAUGUCAUGGAGGAGGUUCGUAAAGUGAAUGAAAGCAUCAAGUAUAACCACCCAUUGAGAAAAUGUGUUGAUACUAUACUUAAAAAGUGCCCUACAGAGUAUCAGGAAAAAAUGGGUAGAAACAUGGAUGAUUAUGAAGAUUUUGAUGAAAAGCAUAAUACCUACCCAAGUGAAAAGAGUCUGGUAAAACUACAUAAGCAGGUGAUUUAUUCAGUUCAGAGGCACCGUCGAACUCAAGUACAGUGGCGGAUUCUUUUGGAGCAAGCGUUUUAUCUAGAAGAUGUAGCAAAAAAUGAAACUAGUGCCACUCGUCAGUUUGUUCACACCUUUCAGUCACCAGAGCCAGAAAAUAAAUUUAUCCAAUAUUUUUAUAAUCCUACAGUUGAAUGGUACUGGGAAUGUCUCUUGCGACCAUGGUUUUAUAGGAUACUUGCCGUGGUUUUGUCUGUCUUCUCUGUGAUUGUUGUGUGGUCAGAAUGCACAUUCUUUAGUACUACACCUGUCUUAUCCCUCUUUGCAGUCUUCAUACAGCUGGCUGAAAAAACUUACAAUUACAUUUAUAUCGAGAUUGCUUGCUUCCUUUCCAUCUUCUUUCUCAGCAUCUGCGUUUACUCUACUGUGUUCAGGAUCCGUGUGUUCAACUACUAUUACUUGGCCUUACAUCACCAGACUGAUGCUUACAGCCUUCUAUUCAGCGGCAUGUUAUUUUGCCGUUUGACUCCUCCUUUGUGUCUUAAUUUCUUGGGUUUGACACAUAUGGAUUCAUCCAUCUCUCACCAGAAUACACAGCCAACUGCUUAUACAUCUAUUAUGGGUUCCAUGAAAGUUUUAUCCUUUAUUGCAGAUGGAUUCUAUAUAUAUUAUCCUAUGUUGGUGGUAAUUCUCUGCAUUGCUACUUACUUUAGUUUGGGAACUCGUUGUUUGAAUCUACUUGGUUUCCAGCAGUUCAUGGGAGAUAAUGAUAUGACAUCAGACUUGGUUGAUGAAGGAAAAGAGUUAAUCAGACGAGAGAAGAGAAAAAGGCAAAGGCAAGAAGAAGGUGAAAAUCGAAGAAGAGAAUGGAAAGAACGUUAUGGACACAGUAGAGAAGAUUCCACUAGAAACAGAAAUAUUCAUGUUGACUCGAAAGAGUCAAGCCUCUCAGAUCUUAGUACCACCCGAUCAGCAUCUAAAUAUACCAGGGCCAAUAACAGGACUGAAAGGGACCGAAUAGAACUCCUCCAAGAUGUAGAACCUUUGGAUUUUAAUGCAGAAACAUUCACUGAUGAUCCUCUUGAAUCUAAAUCAGAAAGGUAUCAGCCUGGUGGACGAUACCUCUCAAUGUCUCAAACCGGAAUAUUUGAUGAUGUGUAAAGUCUGAAAGAAUUUAUGGAACAACUAACCAAGAUCAACACAUCAGUCCAGUCUUUAUGAACAUAUGUGUGCCCUAGAAUUUAUACUGUACUCGUAGUGAAAAGUGUCAGGACAAAAAAAGGCACUGAAAGUUACUCACAUCUUAGUAAUAAUAGUUUAUUGCCCAUUGAAUAGAGUGUCAUCUUUUUUAUUACACACCAUUCCUGAAGUGUCUGCCUUAAAAGUACCAGCGUAGUGGAAGGAUUCAGUUCAUGAGAAAGAUCAGUAUAUGUUGAGAACAGGUAGUUCGGUUUGUUUCAGAUUCAUUUUUUUCGGGAAAGUUGUUUUAAAGAUCCAAGAAAGCCAUACGUCAUAACUAAAUAACAUCAUACGGUUUUAUUAUUGUGAUUUACGUUUUUGCUGUUUUUAAAGAAUAUGUUAAUCCUGUAUUUCUCAACGAGAUGGAGACCUCAAAUAAUAAUGGUAUUUACAUAACCCACGUCUUAAAACAAGGCUUACUUACCAGACAUAACUGAAUGUAGAAAGCUCUUUUUCAACUCUGUAUGCAAAUUAGUGAAGUUUUUGCAUGUAUAAUUAAGAUUAUACUUCAACUGAUAGUGUUAGUAUCUUUGGCAUGUGUACUAUAAUUGGGUGAUGUAUUAUUCUUUCAGUCUUUGCUAGUAACUGGAAAUUACAUUAUGCUUUUGGUAUUACUUUGUAAAAGAUUUUCAUUUCAGGGAGAAAUGUUCACCUUUAUCAUUCAGCAUAUUGAUUUAAGUAUUGAUCGUUCCACUCAAAGAGAAUCUGAAGCAUUAAUGCGAAAUAGUGGGUGGUUGUUGUUUUGUUUUGUUUUUAAUAACCAAAGAGUCCCACAAAAUUCUCUAAUUUUUAAAGGUGCGUAUUGAUGCUUUGUGGAAAAUAACAUUUGGUUAUUUAAAGGUAAAAUGUGAAUCCACUUACUAUUAUUAUUAACACUUAAAUUGUGGUUUAUGUGUAAUAAUUUUGUUAAACAUGCUUAUUAUUUUAAAAAAGCAUUUUUAAACUUUUGUGUUUAAGCCAAAGUUGGGUAUAUUUGCAAUCAUCCAUGUUUUAUUGCACAGUGAAUAUUGCACAGUCGAACACAACAUGCUUGCAGAGAGUUUUUCAUGUCCCUGAAAUGUUUACAACUCAGAGAAUCCCUGCUGUGGAUUCAUCCAGUGGUGACUCUUUGUGAGCUUGCCACAACAGUCUCAGUUUAACACCUGCUAUUCCGUGUAAUUUUUAAUAGUGUUCGCUUUCACUCUGAAGUAUCCCAGGUUGAAAAUGAAUUAUAUGAUCACCCUAACGAUAUGAUUGUAUGUUUCUUGAAAGUAAUCUUCCCUUGACUCAUAAUUUUAAAUUUUUUAUUUUGCUUUUUACUUAGUAUUAUCAUGUAAAUUUUAAGAGACAGAUCCAUGCAGAUACUGAAAGGAAUAGUGUAUCAUCCUAAUUAUCUGAUUUUGUUCAAUUUUAUGAUAUUUGAGGUUAGGUCCCUUUUAAAAUAAUUAUAAACGGAUAGAAUUUAUUCUCAGUCAAAGGUUAUACAGGCUGCCCAUUUGAGAAUACACACACAGCCUUUCACUCUAAAGUGUGGUUAGAGAGCUAUAGGCCAGAAGCAGAGAUCAUUUGGUACUGUUUGUAAUUUCAUGAUUGACCAUUGAAUAUCUCGGGCAAAUUAUGUAACCUUUCAGUGCCUCAAUUUCUUCAUUCGUGAAAUGAAGAUGAUACUUGCUAUUUACCUACUGAUCUACCUCACAAAACUAUUGUGAGGGUAUAUUGAGUUGAUGUUGAUAUGCUGGAGUUUAAAAAACAAAACAAAAUAAAUUGUUUCCUGUGCUACUUUUCCUAGUGGUACUUGAAGGUGUUAAACGGAGAAACGAUCAGCCCAGUUUCUUACAAUUACAGGGAAGCUUUUAAGUCCCCAAAGCAAAAACUGUUUUGGACUAAUUUAUCUAAAGUGCUUUGAAAAUAGUAUUGUUGUAUAUUUGGUCUUUGGGUUUACCUUGGAAUGUUUUCCUUAAGUAUAAUGUUGUUUCUCAUCAGGUUUUGUCAUGAAACCCAGAUGCUGUAGAAGAAAUAGAAGCAGAAAAAGAGAUUAUCCAGUCACUUUUGUAAUUUAUAAUGCCCUAAAAUAAAUUGAUAGGAAUAUGUA